AUGUCUAACUUCAAGAAUUUCACUCUGAAUUCCUUUGAAGAUUUUUACGGAAAGGCUUCUGAAACGCCAAAAAUAGAGGAAGAGAAACUGGAGGCAAUGAACACGAAUGCGUCUUCUUUAAAAAAAGUACACAAAAAUAAAAAGGUCAUCUCAAAAUAUGAUCAAAAGAAUGUAUUUAGAAACUCAAUGACAGCUUUGGCGCAAGUACCGCCGUCAAAAUCGGUCAAGAUCAUAGAGCAAAAUAUAGAAUUUUCCAAUCCGAAGAGCUUCGACCUCCUGCAGGCGACACAUACUAUCUGUUUUAACAAGAAAAAUGGUACUAAGGAUACAAAGAUAAAUAUGGAAGCUCAGACUUCCAGCGAUAUUGAUAAUGACAUGUUAUACGUGGAAGCACCGGCAGACUUGGGAGGUAAUAGUAAUGAUGAAGCAGAAACGAGGCAACUUAGAAAAUUUCGAUGGUCUAAUAAUAAAGAAAAAUGUCUUUGCGAAAAGCUGACGGUUAUAUAUUGGGCUCUUUUGCUCAAUACCACAAAGAGAGCAAGUAAGAGGAGACCGAUAUUAUGCCAUCAAGUGAUAGCCGAGUUUUUCAAUAGGGUUUAUAAGGAGAAAUCAAGGGUGCCCAUAACGUCGAGAUACAUCAGAGAUAAUCUUGUCGCUUGGGUGACUCAGGGAAAGGAAUUACAUGAAAAAGGCUGGAUAGGUGAUACCAAAACUAGUGAUUUGCAAGAACAAUUCAAUAUAGCGACUGUCAAAUUAUAUGAAAGCACAGAAAACGGGCGCAUUAUCAUGGGUAAAGACAAAGUUUUUCGAGAGGAAAACGCUGGAAGCGACGGAUUGGUUCAAGAAGAAUCUGCCAGUGUGACUGAUGAGAAUGGCCAGGUUGCUUUAGAGAAGAAUUUGAAAGAAGAUCGUAGAGAGUCUAUCAGGAAUCAAAUUCUAGCGUUAGACCUGGGUGAUGAAGAUUUUUUCCAGAAUACAAUGAAAAAUUUGUCUGCUAUUGAUGAACCAGAAUUAAGACAGUAUGGAGUCAUAAUUUCGGAACUGGUCAGUAUGGAAAUAGAUGAUGGUAAAACGGUACGAGAAAAGCUCCGAGACGUGGAAAUGAGUAUUAAUAGGCUGCAGCUUGAUAUAAAAGAGAUAAAGGAAUUGCUUAUUACGCUAAUGAAUAAGUGA